UUUAACGACUCCGAACCAACAGCCGACGCUAACGUGUAAAGAAAGAAAGGAAAAAAACAAAAACAAAACAAAAGUCCUAAUACAAAUUUUUCCGCCUUGUCAGUAGGUAGAUUUAAAUAUCGCGUAGCCUAUCACUCGACCCGAUAACCGAGCAGAGGGUAGCGGCGCAGACUUUUGACCGUCUCGGUCAGAUUUAAGGACCGGAGCCAGCCCUAAACUGCGUCGCUAACGCCGGAGCUAACCGUUAGCAGCUAGCUAAGUGAGCGACGCAAACUCGGCAAGACUUGACCACUGAGGCCGUUUGUCAGCAUGGAGAACAAGUACAACCUCAGGAGUCCAGCUGUAAAGAGGCUGAUGAAGGAGGCAGCGGAACUGAGGGAUCCCACAGAGCAUUACCACGCCCAGCCACUGGAAGAUAAUCUCUUUGAGUGGCACUUCUCCGUUCGCGGGCCCCCAGACUCCGAUUUCGACGGCGGCGUUUACCACGGCAGGAUUGUGCUCCCCCCGGAGUACCCCAUGAAGCCCCCCAGCAUCAUCCUCUUGACGCCGAAUGGAAGAUUUGAAGUUGGGAAGAAAAUUUGUCUAAGCAUCUCUGGCCACCAUCCGGAGACCUGGCAACCUUCUUGGAGCAUUCGAACCGCCCUAAUAGCCAUCAUCGGCUUCAUGCCAACCAAGGGAGAGGGUGCAAUAGGAUCCCUUGAUUAUACCCCAGAGGAGAGGAGAGCCCUCGCCAAAAAGUCCCACGACUUUUGCUGUGAAACGUGUGGCUGUUCCAUGCGCUCGGCCCUCCUUGCCGUCUCCCCCAACAGCAGCCGCAGCCCCGAGGACCACAAGGCCAAAAAGCUAGCUCAGCAGAUCAACUUCAAGGCAGAGUCCAGCUCAUCUAGACGGGCCAGUGAGAGCGGAGGGGCCAAGAGCGGGCCUUCCACCCACACCCAGGGAGUAACGCCCACCCCAGGGGGCCAGGAGGAUUCAGAUGGGCCCCAAGCUGCACAGGCAGAAGCUGCUGGAGAAGAGGGGCCGCGUCCCCUGGGCCCAAGCAGCAGCCGUCCUCUCAGCCCCAGGCAGCGCCGCGCCCAGCAGCAAACCCGGCAGGGCCAGAGGGAGGCCAGGCCCACCUCCCCCGUGUUUGCUCCGGCCCCCCACCAGCCUCAGAAUGGCAGCCGUGCGGGCUCGGUGGUGCUUAUUGUGGUCCUCACCCUGGCCCUGGCUGCACUCAUCUUCCGCAGGAUCUACCUGGCUCAAGAAUACAAGUUCGACUAUGAGCUGUGAGGAUGCCAGCCAGCUUUACCCCCCCACACCCCCACAAGGCCGAGUCCCGGGCCGACCACCUCUCUUGCCGCCUGCUGCUCUGGCUGAACUCUAUGAACAGCCUUAUAUUCCACCCAAAGUCUAUUCCACUGCAAAGUCUACAGCCGGACGUGCAAGGGGCACCCCGACCACUGUUACCUGAGGCAGUGGGCCACGGUUUUUGACAUUUUCUUUCCCCCUUGUGUACAGGAUGCUGUAGUUUACAGCCAGUCGUAACUUUCAUUCCUACGGAGGAGGUGGCAGGUUGACUCAUUACCUCGUGCCAUGGGGUGGGGUCUUUUUAUCUAUGUGUAUUUACUCUUUAGAGUGUAAUGCAUUUUUAAGAACAGGAGGGUGUGUCGUGUUUGCAACAAACACAACAGACACCAUGUCUCUCUGUCCUUUUAACUUUUCAGACUGCUCUCUAUGCUGCGGCUGCUGCUUACUUGCAUUAUUUAAUUAAAAGUGUAAUAGAACACUUAACAAAGAAGUUUAUGGAAUUUUAGGGAUUUUUUUUUUUUUUGUCUCAAAGUAAUUAUUUAAUUGUGCUGGUUUUGGCAAUGUCCGCUCACGCUAUACAUGCAGUCAUAAUGUCUUCCCUGCUUCCUUAACCUUUUUUAGCAGAGGAGUGGGUGGUCCACUUGCCCUCUUUAGGUCCCCCCCCCCCCCCCGUCUUUUAAAACAGUGGGAAAGUAGCCUGGGAACCAGACGAAUUCGUAAAUGCUAAUUAGUCUGGCUCCUCUCAAUUCAUUUUCGAUUUCCAAGGGGCGUUAUCAAUGGGUGCAGACCAAAAUGCCUCUGGAUGUAGUUGGAUAGACCUAGCAUUGGCCAAUAUGUCAAAAUGUCUCUACUACCCACUGUCAGCCCAACAACUGGCGAUUGCCGAUAUCCCCGCGCGUCAGCCAUUUCCAGCGAAUGCAAUCAUGGAAGAGCUUGUUGGGGAAAAGAAUAAGAAAUCCCCUAUUUGGGAUUAUUUUGGUUUUAAACCAGAUGCAACCAGCAAGCCGAAGGACCUAAAUGAAGUAAUUUGCCGUCUUUGCAAACUAGUCGUGCCGGCAAAAGAUUCUAAUACUACCAGUUUGCACGAGCAUUACUGUGAAAAUCUAAUUUUACUGACACAUUACAGCUUAUAGCCUACUCUUUUUCAAUUAAAGAACAUAAUUCACCUUGAGAUCUUUGCUAAGCAAUUAGCCGUAAAGACAGGCUGAACAGCUGUUCAGCCUGAUUUGAGAGAAAAAAAAGUCUAAUGGCAUCAGACGAAAGACACCUCCACUUGCAGCCUCAGAAUGAACCAACAGAUGGGGAUAACAUAACUACGCUCUUGUGAUCAGGGUGCAGAACUGCCCGUACAGUUUUUGGACUAGUUCUCAAAUAUGAUACAUGAAUUGACGUUACUUUUCAGCACCAAUCGAUCAGACAGCAACCACCUUAAUUUCCUUCAUUGUCAUUGAGUCACUGCAGUCACUGCCCUGUUUUGUGGAAGACUGGUCAGAAAUCAGUCCAACAAGAACACGCAGAUGGCCCAACUUCAACUGCCAGUUCCUAUUUAUAUAAAUUAGCAAAAUAAAAUGAGAAAAAUCAUGCAAAAAAAAAAACCCAAAAACAACAACUGCCGAUUGGACUCAGCUGAUCGCAGAUUGCCAAUAUAUUCGGCCAAUCACGAAAACCUAGCUAGACCGACAACCAAUCAGAGUAACGAAACGUGUGACAUAGCACUUAAACAACCGACAACCAAUCAGAGUAACGAAACGUGUGACAUAGCACUUAAACAAUUACCAGAUCCCGUCGGAAGUGCGGCAAAUACAUCUAUCUUAUCAACAAAAGCUUUAAGUGAAGUUGUUUGUUAUUCUUUUAGGGUAAAUAUGCUGUCCAGUUAGUUAAACACUGUUUCGAUAGUGAAUUCGACAGACCGUUGCACAUCAGCGGCAGCCAACGCUCCUCUGUACGUCAGCGUUAUUUUUUCCCCACCCACAUUCCGAGAAGACCCGCCCCUACUCUGCCUCUGAUUGGCUAACCCUAUCCCUAACCCAAGCAACGUAACCAACGGAGGCAACGAGUACUAGCCAAUCAAGAGCAGAGCUCCCAGAAUGCGGGUGGGGAAAAGAAAUAAGACGUCAUCAUAUCAAACCCACCUCAUAUCAGAUAAAUGGUUGUGAUUGGCCCGACCCAGACCAGGUCAGCUGGACACGUGUCUGAACUGGAGGGUGGCCGUACAUAUAUGCCAGAGCAAAUGUAAAACAUGAAUUCGCACAUUCGUCUGGUUCCCAGGCCAGUGGGAAAGGAAGUAAAGGAAGAAAACCAAGCAGGGCGAGUUCUAGCUAAGAGAGCUCUGGUGUGAUUCAGCCGUAGGCCGGUAGGGGGGAGCACACAUCCCUUUCAAGACAGCAGAGCUUCCUCUGGGCUCGCCCCUCUACAGUUUCCUGAUCUGUUGGGUCGGCUAGUUUCGCAGAAACAGCACGCGUGUGCAAGCUGAAGCCAACAGCGUAGAUAAUGGAUAUCCCCAUCAGUCUUGUGAAGUUAAUGAAUUCUGCCUGACUUGUUUGAAUACUCGAAUAUGCAUACUUCUUCUUUCAGCUGCUCCCUUUAGGGCUCGCCACAGCAGAUCAUCCGUUUGCAUCUCUUCCUGUCCUCUGCAUCUUCCUCUCUGUCACGCCAGCCACCUGCAUGUCCUCCCUCGCCACAUCCAUAAACCUCCUCUUUGGGCUUCCUCUUUUCCUCUUGCCUGGCAGCUCCAUGUUCAGCAUCCUUCUCCCAGCAUACCCAUCAUCUCUCCUCCACACAUGUCCAGGACAUCUCAGUCUCGCCUCUCUCGCGACCGAUCCGGUAGGGAAAUCUGAUUUAUGAUCCGCAUAUUUGAUCGGGCAAAGGUUUUACGUCGGAUGCCCUCCCUGAUGCAACCCUCCCCACUGAUCCAGGCUUGGGACCGGCACUUUCUUCGUGCUGGUCCCAGCGCAUCUUCAGUGGCUGGGUUCCAAACAGAAAGGUUAAUUGUACAGUCAAUUUUAAAAUACAUGAGAUUAGUGAUUUAUUUGUUGAGGGGUAGCACUUCCGAUCAUGCAGUCCUGCCUCACACACAAAAAAAAGUGACACGUUUAGGUGAAGUUUUUUUUUUAAGUUUCAGCAACAGAGCAGUGGUUGCUGGUACAUCAGUCGGGGUUCCUCUGUUAUAUCUUCCAACUGCGGGAAUGUAAAUGUUCAGAUUUUGUUUUGUUUUUGCAGAAGGAUACUACCAUUCAUUCCUACCCUGAAAUCAUAAAAAUGUGAUUUAUUCUGAUUUUGAGUCUGAAAAUCUCAUUUUCCUUCCCGUUUUGUUAAAAUAACAACUCUUUUUACAGAGUAAAUGACAUUGCCUUAUCUCUGACCCCCCCCCCCACCUUCCUGAUACUAAAAGGAUGGUUUGCUCGAUUCAACAUGUCGUCACUUGUUUAAAGAAAAUGUGCAGAGGGAAUAAAACUGCACUGGAAACAAGUAGGCCAGCUAUUAUCUCGUCUCCAUGGGCAGACAUUUUUCACUCGAUUUCGUAAAAGCGAGCCCUUAAGUCUCGGCACGAAAUAGGAUAGGAUUUUUUUUGACAAUGAGAACUUUUUUCCCUGCCGCUGUGAGGUUAGACAGACAGCCUGAACGUGAACUCUCUUUCUCUCUGCGGAGUCAAGACAAAAACAGCCAAGUUUGCGUUGCGGUCUACUUGCGGAGACAAAACCCAAAACACUGCAUUACAUGUACAACGUCAGCAGCCGCUUGUUAGUUUUGUGUUUUGUAGAGCGACGCCGCACCGAGCGCCUGCCGCAGAGCGACGCUCGCGCAAUGUAAAGCCCACUUGGCACGCCGCAGCCAGGGGCCUCCGCUCCGGCCAGACGUGUGCGGCCUCUCGGGUGCGUGCAAACGGCAUCUGAUCAGUCCCAACACCGCUCGCCCUGCAGAGGGCCGCGGGUCCGCCCGAGGGCCCCGUGACGGACCCGCGACGGACCCGCGGUCAGCAGCUCAGGCGUCACAGCUGCGCCGUGGUCCUGCUCGGGCGUGGGCUCGGGGCGUGGGCUCGGGGCGUGGGCUCGAGGCCGGGAGGUUUCCACCGCUGAGAGCCAGGCCGUCUGAAGAGCCGCCGCUGCCUUCUGCGCCUCUGUGCCCAGUGCCUGUAUGAGCCGAAACAAGAGAAUAAAUCACUUGACUGUAA